AUAAACAUGAGCAUGUCCAAUAAAUGCAUUCAGCUCAAAGUUUUCAUUAUUUUUAAUAAUUCUUCUUUCAAACCAAAUAUACCCAUUUUAUCAAUCUAUCUAUCCAUACAUGGAAGCCAGAAACUCAUGGCGCUUCGUGCUUCUUCUGGCUCUAGUUUUACUUCUCACAUGGCUUCACCUUCCAUCACUUCCAAACUCUAAAUUUUACUCAAGAUGGUACACCCCAAACAACACCUUCUACUCAUCAUCCCCUACCUAUCAUCACCUUGAAUCAGAAACUCCUCAACACCCUCUUGACCCUCUAACAAUCCAAGAGUUCAACAGGGUCAGAACCAUCCUCUCUUCUCACCCUCUCUUCAAGUCCUCGUCCAGCUACACUCUAAACUCUGUGGUCCUUGAAGAACCAGACAAAAAACUAGUCCUCAAAUGGAAAAAGGGUGAUCCACCCUUGCCAAGGAAGGCUUCCGUGGUUGCAGUUGUCAAGAGGGUCUCUCAUGUUCUCACUGUGGACCUCGAAACUGGCCAUGUCACGAGCCAUGAAAAUGAAACCGAUUUGGUUUCUGGGUACCCCAUGGUUACUCUAGAGGACCAAUUCGGGGUUCUAGAGGCUCCCCUCAGGUGCCCUGAGUUCAACAACUCGUUCACCAAACGUGGUGUGAAUUUAGCAGACCUGGUGUGCUUGGCGUUGUCUUCAGGGUGGUAUGAGAAACCGGAGGAGGAGAAUAGAAGGUUGAUGAAGGUACAGUGCUAUUCCAAAGAAGGCACUGUGAACUUUUACAUGAAACCAAUCGAGGGUGUCACUGCUUUGGUUGACAUUGAUAGAAAAGAGGUGGUAGCUGUUUCAGAUGAUGGCCAAAACAUCCCUGUGGCUAGUGGUGCCAACACUGAUUACCGUUACUCCAUUCAGAAGCUGAGUGGGGAGAUGAGGCUCCUGAAUCCAAUAUCCUUGGAGCAACCAAAAGGUCCAAGCUUUAGUGUUGAUGGGCACAUGGUGAAAUGGGCAAACUGGGAAUUUCACCUCAGACCUGACCCAAGGGCAGGGAUCAUAAUUUCACAGGUCAAGGUGAGGGACCCUGACACAUCAAUGCUGAGAAAUGUAAUGUACAAAGGGUUCGUAUCUGAGCUAUUUGUGCCCUACAUGGACCCCACAGAAGGUUGGUACUUUAGGACAUACAUGGAUGCUGGUGAGUAUGGGUUGCAGUCAAAGCCGUUGAACCCUCUGAAUGAUUGUCCACGAAAUGCUCACUACAUGGAUGGUGUGUUUGCAUCUUAUGAUGGAACACCUUAUCUCCAACCCAACAUGAUUUGCAUUUUUGAGAGUUAUGCUGGUGAUAUUGCUUGGAGACAUGCUGAAUGCCCCAUUACUGGCCUCAAGGUUACAGAAGCAAGGCCAAAGGUGACACUAGUGGUUAGGAUGGCAGCAGCCUUGGGAAACUAUGACUACAUCAUGGAUUGGGAAUUUCAAACCGAUGGGCUAAUCAGAGCAAAGGUUGGACUGAGUGGUAUCUUAAUGGUGAAAGGAACUACCUAUGAGAACAUGGACCAAGUUCCUGAAAAAGAAUAUCUUUAUGGAACCCUUUUGAGCGAAAACCUUAUUGGUGUAAUCCAUGACCAUUUUAUCACGUAUUACCUAGACAUGGAUGUUGAUGGGUCAGACAAUUCAUUUGUUCAGAUAAACUUAAAGAUGCAAGAGACGGCUCCGGGAGAAUCACCCAGAAAGAGUUAUUUGAAAGCAGUUAAAAAAGUGGCAAAGACAGAGAAAGAUGCUCAAAUAAGACUUCAACUGUAUGAGCCAUCUGAGUAUCAUGUGGUGAAUCCAUUGAAGAAAACAAGGGUAGGGAACCCUGUUGGGUACAAAUUGGUUCCAGGUGCCACAGCAGGUAGCUUGCUGGAUCCAGAAGACCCACCACAGAAAAGGGCAGCCUUUACCAAUAAUCAAAUAUGGGUCACCCCUUACAACAAGAGUGAGCAAUGGGCUGGUGGCUUAUUCGUUUAUCAGAGCAAAGGAGAUGAUACUCUUCAAGUGUGGUCCAACAGGGAUCGUGGAAUUGAGAAUAAGGACAUAGUUCUGUGGUACACAAUAGGAUUUCAUCACAUACCAUGUCAAGAGGACUACCCUAUAAUGCCCACUGUGUCAUCAAGUUUUGAUUUGAAGCCUGUUAAUUUCUUUGAGAGAAAUCCAAUCCUUGGAGUGCCUCCCAAUUUCAAAAAUGAUUUACCGGUUUGUAAAGGUCAUGAUUCAGGUUGAGAUUCCAUCGGAUGGAUUUUAGUCUAAGUACAUAUAGUUUAUUGGCUCUAAAAUCAUGAUUGUGGGAAGAAGAGCCCAGAAGAAUGUCUACUAUAAAGCUUCUUUAACUGUCUUCAAAGUUGUGAUAUUAUACUUCUUUACUUGUAUAUAUAAAGAACUGUGUAUGUGAUAGAACCCUCUCUUAUAUUACAGUUGCUUCCUUUCA